GGCACCGGCACCCUUAGCUCCGCCGCCGCCUCCAGCGUAGGGCACCGGCCGGGAGGCUCUCGGGGCUGCAGCUCCCCGCGCCCAGCACAUCAGGAACGUAUCAGUUUGAUGAAAUUUGAUUUAAAAAAAUGUCCAGAAAGAGCACAGACUAUGGAGUGCUGCCGGAGUAUGAGAAGAGCCAGAUUAAAAGGACUCUGGAGCUGGGAACAGUUAUGACAGUGUUCAGUCUCAAGAAGUUUACUCCAGAAAGGAGGACCAUCCAAGUCAUAAUGGAAACCAGGCAGGUGGCCUGGAGCAAGACAGCUGAUAAGAUUGAAGGUUUCUUGGACCUGAUGGAAAUAAAGGAAAUUCGCCCUGGGAAAAAUGCAAAGGAUUUUGAGCGUGGGAAAGCAACACAGUAUAAAGAGCAUUGCUUCACUAUUUUUUAUGGUACCCAGUUUGUUCUCAACACCUUAAGCUUAGCAGCUGAUUCCAAAGAUGAUGCUGAUAAAUGGCUCUGUGGCUUGAAUAUCUUGCAUCAAGAAGUUAUGAAUGCUUCUACACCUGCAAUCACAGAGAGCUGGCUGAGAAAGCAGAUCUACUCUGUUGACCAGACUAGAAGGAACAGUAUCAGCCUUAGAGAACUGAAGACCAUACUUCCCUUAGUAAACUUCAAAGUAGGCAGUGUGAAAUUCUUGAAGGAUAAAUUUGCGGAAAUAGGAGCUCCCAAAGAAGAACUUAGCUUUGAACAAUUUCACGUGUUCUACAAGAAAAUUAUGUUUGAACAGCAGAAAUCGAUUCUUGAUGAAUUCAAAAAGGAUUCUUCUGUGUUCAUUCUUGGAAAUACUGACCGUCCAGAUGCUUCAGCAGUUCAUUUGCAUGACUUCCAGAGAUUUUUGCUACAUGAGCAGCAGGAGUCUUGGGCACAGGAUCUCAGUAAAGUCCGAGAACGAAUGACAAAAUUUAUAGAUGACACUAUGAGAGAAACUAGUGAGCCCUUCCUCUUUGUGGAUGAGUUUCUCACUUAUCUUUUCUCAAAAGAAAACAGUAUUUGGGAUGAUAAAUAUGAUGCAGUAGAUGCUCAGGAUAUGAAUAACCCUUUGUCCCACUACUGGAUUUCUUCCUCUCACAACACAUACCUCACAGGAGACCAGCUUCGAAGUGAAUCUUCCACAGAAGCUUAUAUCAGAUGCCUUCGAAUGGGAUGUCGAUGUAUUGAGCUGGAUUGCUGGGAUGGUCCUGAUGGGAAGCCGAUCAUUUAUCAUGGAUGGACACGGACAACAAAAAUCAAAUUCGAUGACGUGGUGCAGGCAAUCAAGGAUCAUGCAUUUGUCACAUCAGAGUUCCCAGUGAUCCUGUCAAUUGAAGAGCACUGCAGUGUGGAACAGCAGCGCCAUAUGGCCAAAGUAUUCAAGGAGGUGUUUGGGAACCAACUCCUAAUGAAACCAAUCGAAGUCAGUGCAGAUCAGCUGCCGUCGCCAACCCAGCUGAAAGAAAAAUUCAUCAUCAAGCAUAAAAAAUUGGGACCAAAGGGAGACGUAGAUACAAACCCAGAAGACAAGAAAGAGGAGAAAAAGCAACAAGGAGAACUCUACAUGUGGGAUACGAUAGAACAGGCAUGGACUCGGCACUAUUGUGCCAUAGCAGACGAAAAGCUCUCAUUCAGUGAUGCUAUAGAACAGAACGCUGAUGACGAUUCAUUAAAGGACGUGAAACGCACUGAGUUGCACUGCAACGAGAAAUGGUUCCAUGGGAAAAUGAAAGAGGGGAGAACAACUGCUGAGAGGCUGCUCCAGGAAUAUUGUGCUGAAAUGGGUGGCAAAGAUGGAACGUUCCUAGUUAGGGAAAGUGAAACUUUCCCUAAUGAUUACACCCUGUCAUUCUGGAGGUCAGGUAGGGUCCAGCAUUGCCGUAUCCGUUCUAAUAGUGAAGGAGAUACCAUGAAAUAUUAUCUGACCGACAACCUCACCUUUGAUAGUAUCUAUGAUCUUGUUCAACACUACAAGGAAGCCCACUUGCGAUGUGCUGAGUUUGAGCUGCGUCUGACUGAUGCUGUGCCUAACCCCAAACCUCAUGAAACUAAAGAUUGGUACUACAGUAACCUGAGUCGAGGAGAAGCAGAAGACAUGUUGAUGCGAAUUCCUCGAGAUGGAGCGUUUCUGAUUAGAAAGAGAGAUGAGCCCGAUUCAUUUGCCAUGACAUUCAGAGCUGAAGGGAAAGUGAAGCACUUCAGAAUUCGACAAGAAGGCUACCACUUUGUUCUGGGCACCUCUGCCUGUUUUGAAAGCUUAGUUGAACUGGUGACCUACUUUGAAAAGCACACUCUGUAUAGGAAGAUGAAACUGCGUUACCCUGUGACUGAGGAACUGCUAGAGCGCUACAGCACGGAGAAAGAUAUUAAUUCGCUCUAUGACGUCAAGAUGUAUGUGGAGCCUAACGAAAUAACCCCAUCAGUGCCUCAGAGAACAGUGAAAGCCAUAUAUGACUAUAAAGCUAAAAGAAGUGAUGAACUGAGCUUCUGCAGAGGGGCCCUAAUUCAUAACGUCACAAAGGAAACAGAAGGCUGGUGGAAAGGAGACUAUGGGGAAAAAGUCCAACACUAUUUUCCAUCUAAUUACGUUGAAGACAUGUCAGCUGAUAACUUUGCAGACCUUGAAAGCCAGAUUAUUGAGGACAACCCCUUAGGAACUCUGUGUCAUGGCAUAUUGGUCCUCAGUACAUACAAUGUCGUGAAAAUGCCACAAGGGAAGCAUGACAAGGCUUUUGUCUUCAUACUGGAACCCAAGAAUCCAGAAGAUCCUCCUGUUGAAUUUGCAACUGAUACAGUAGAAGAGCUCUUUGAAUGGUACCAAGACAUCAGGAAAAUCACACUGAAAUCUACAGAAGAGGAGCAUAUGAGGAAGUACUGGGAAAAGAAUCAGUUAAUUGCCAUCGAAUUAUCUGAUUUGGUAAUCUACUGCAAACCUACAAGCAAAUCCAAGGACAAUUUAGAAAAUCCUGAUUUCAGAGAAGUCCGUUCUUUUGUGGAAAACAAGGCUGAAAGUGUUGUCAGACAGAAGCCUGGUGAGCUGUUGAAAUACAACCAAAAGGGACUGACGCGGGUCUACCCUAAAGGACAGAGGGUUGAUUCAUCUAAUUAUGACCCAUUUCGUCUCUGGUUUUGUGGUGCCCAGAUGGUGUCUCUUAAUUUCCAGACCCCAGAUAAAUACAUGCAAAUAAACCAUGCCUUGUUUUCACUUAAUGGACGGACUGGAUAUAUUCUGCAGCCAGAAAGCAUGCGAAAUGAGAACUAUGAUCCAAUGCCAAGCGAAUCAAAGAGGAAAUUGCAGAUACUUUUGACAGUGAGGGUUUUAGGUGCUCGCCAUCUGCCUAAACCUGGCAGAAGCAUUGCCUGUCCAUUUGUAGAGGUAGAAAUUUGUGGGGCCGAAUGUGAUAAUAGCAAGGUCAAGACGACUGUUGUGAAUGACAAUGGCCUUAACCCAGUUUGGGCACCCUGUCCAGAGCAAGUGACGUUUGAAAUUUGUGACCCUAACCUAGUGUUUCUGCGCUUCGUUGUUUAUGAGGAGGAUAUGUUCAGUGACCCCAACUUCUUAGCACAUGCCACGUUCCCCAUCAAAGGAAUCAAAUCAGGUUUUAGGUCGGUACCUCUCAAAAAUGGUUACAGUGAAGAUAUAGAGCUGGCUUCCCUUCUAGUUUUCUGUGAAAUGCAGCAAGUUCUGGAAAGCGAAGAGGAGCUUUAUUCAUCAUGUCGGCAGCUUCGGCAGCGCCAAGCAGAACUGAACAACCAGCUGUUCCUGUAUGACACUCACCAGAAUUUAAGGAACCCUAACAGAGAUGCCUUACUAAAAGAAUUCAGUGUGAAUGAGAACCAAUUACAAAUGUAUCAAGAGACAUGCAGCAGGAGAUUAAAGGAGAAGAAAGUCAGUAACAGCAGAUUCUACUCCUAGAGAAGCUAUUCCUUUUGGGGCACCUUUUAGAAAGCCACUCAGGAAGAGACAUUUAAUUUACUCUGAUCGUCAUAUUCAGUGAAGGUCUCAUCAGGCUGAAUUUACUAAGAAGAAAGAUGGGUUUCCUAAUAUUUUCUUGUUAUAAGAGGAACUAUUUUCAUUGUUGUUUAAUUUAUCUUCUGUACAAAGCAUACACAUAAUGCAGGUUAGAUUUUCUGCAUAUUCAAGGUAUUAUUUGCAUCCAGUAUCACAAAUCUUAAGAGUAAGAAGGAAACUAGGGGUCAGCUUUUCACAGCUACAGGGUGUGCAGACAACUUGCAUGCAUUUGUGCAGGCCUAACUUACCCUUAAAAAUUCCCAAAGUGCAAGUACAAAUCAUCUUCAGUAUUUGUGUGCACAGGACACAAGUUAGGCAUUCACAACUAUUUUCACACACACAUUAAUAAUCUGACUCCUUAUGAUUGACAGGUAAUAGGUUUAAUUUAUUAAAUGCUGUAAAAGCACUUUUACAAUAUGACUGUGACAUCAGAUACAGCAGAUUGUAUCCCCCACACAUAAAAUAUUCUGGACUAUGGAUGGUUAUGCUGUAUUUUCUUCUGAUAGAUGUUUCUUGUUACAUUUUUUUUAAUACCAGUGAAUGAGUUAAUUUUCUAAAACUAAAUGUACUUCAAGAUUGUAGAUGGAUUAUUUGUUGGAUUCUGUGAAAAACUUUAAAAAAGAGCAAUAUGACAUUAUUUUGUGUCACGUAAAUCAGCUCCGUCAAGGCAGUGCAAGAAAAUAUUUUUAAUACAUAAGGUAGCAGCUAGCCUCUCCUCCUGGGAAGGAAAGGUAUUUUAAACUCCAGUUGGAUAAUUUACUUUGGUGUAACAUCGUUUCUCAUAUCUUUCCAGCUGCUAAUCUGCAUACAAAUGAAUUGUUUGCAAACUAUUCAUCUGUAGUCCUGCAGACCUUACAAGAUAAUGUCAAACAGUACUGUUUAUUUUUUUUAAUGUUGUCUGUUUUCCCAAAGUAUAUUUAAUCCAUAACAUAACUGUGCAGAAAUACAGACAGAUAUAUUAUCCUUAUGGCUUCAGUCACUAGUAGGAACAUAGAAGUUAUAGAUGGAAAAAACUUAUUAGAUCAGCAAGUUUUUUUCUCUGCAAGAACGGAACAGUCUUUGGAUGAUGUAUCAGAUACCAGACAUCUUAAUAUUUGUAUGCAUUGAUUCAUGUUAGCAGCACAUUACUCAUUAAUAAGAAACGACUAGUCACAAUAUCUAUAUGUGGGUGGAGUUUUGCAAUCUAUAUGUUUGAAUGUGCAUUUCAGAUAAGUACAGAAGAGAUUUCUUUAAUUCUAAGUAAUUGCCCAAGGCUUAAAGUGAUAUGUAAGUAGUGCAGGAUCUCUCACCACUGAAAGCCUGUUUCUCCUUCUUGAUAAGUUGAAAAACUAUUCUGUCCCCAAAUGGAGUUGGGAUGCACAACCUGGGACUAAAAAGAAAAGAACUUUUUGCAUGUAGGUUCAGAUUUCUUCCCCAUUCUGCUUCCUGCCAAAUCACCACCACAGACUGUAUUGUCUAGGGGCUGCCAUGGGGGAGUUUGUUCGAUGCCAGGCAGCUAAUUAACAGGCAGGACAGGAAAGAGAAAAUUCCAGAAAUCCUUGCAUGCCAGACAACUGCAUGCCUGCAAAGUUCUUUCUUACAGGAAAUCCACUUCCCUUAAAAAAUAAAUAAAUAAAUAAAUAAAUAAAUAAAUAAAUUUUUUUUUUAAAAAAAAGACUCUUUGAGCAGCUUCCGGAGCCAUAUGUAUGGUAACACCCUAGUAAUGCUGUUUACAUUUCUCAGGGAAGUAUUUUGGGUAUAGUGUUUUGACUACUAGAGCCUAGAGGUGAGAGAUUCUCCUUGCAAAAGAUCCCAAUAAUUUUCUACCAAAAAUUCAAAACUAAAUAAAAACAUCAGCUGUGGUUUCUGGACAUAAAUUGUCCAUGGCUUCUCUCAUUGUUACAUGCAUUGCUGCCACAGAGCACCAUGUGUAUGAUGAAUCAUAUUGCUCUCUACUGUGUAAACGUUUCUGAAUUAGCACAUUGCACUGCACUUCAAAGUGUCCCAUACAGAUUCUCUGCACAUGUGCUAUGUUAAACUGGUUCUGAGAAAAGCCCUUAAAUGUAUGUUUACAUUCAACUCAUUUUACACUGAGCUACUUUGCAAGAAUCAUUCUUCCCAAAUAUUGUACUAUACCUGGAAGGAAAAGAGUUGCAUUACCAAUUUUGCAGGCAGUCAAGGCCUGGUCAAAAGUGAGCAAUAGUUCUUUCUAUCUUAGUUCCUUUCUAUCCUAAUGUUAGAACACUUUUACCUAAAAACCUCUAGAUACUUUGCUGGGGUAAACUCCAUGUCUGUUCUUUCAUAGCUUUGAGGCUGUUAUGAUACUGUUGAUAUUGAUGUAUGUCAGAUGUUGUUCACCCUAGAGGUGAAGGCUGACCAAGACAAAACUGAAGGCUGUAUCUACUUGGAAGGUCAGGAACUCUGAUGUUCACCAAACAUUAAAUUAGGGAACAAAUUUCUGCACAUGCAGUUACCUGCUCAUGUGGUAAAUUUUAUGUCACUUGAGGUCUUUCAAUCAAGGCUGGAAGUCUUUGUAACAGAUUGGUUCUAGUUCAGCUACAUGUUGCUGUGUGUUAUACAGGUGAAAUCUGUAGCCUGGGUCAUGCAAGAUGUCAAACUAGAUGAUCUUAAUGGCCUCUGCUGGCCUUUAAAUCUAUGAAUAUAGUUUACCUCCUCAGAAAUAGUAGAAAUUUACUGAUUCUCAUCACAUGACUAUUUUAACCAAUCAGGAGCCAAGAUUUUCUUCUCCUAUGUAACAACAGUGUUCAUGGGCAUGUCUACAUAGCAUCUGGCCUGAGCCUUCCAGCCCAGAUCCACAGACUCAUGUCGAUGGGGCUCGCACUAGCUCUCUACAAAUAGCUGUGUAGAUGCUGCAGCUUGGGCUGGAGCUCAGAGCAACUGUGGCUUGGGCUGGGAAGCUUGCUUUCAGAUUCAGUGCACACUUGCCCUAUGUGCAACCUAAGCUGUUAGUUUGGUUUUGAGGAGUUCCAACUAGUUUAAUGCUAAUCUACAUUCUUCGGUCCCAAGCGCACACUUAACUGAAGCAUUAGUUAUUCCAUUGACUUAAUGGAAGUGCUUCUCUGGACUGGGAUCUUAGUCCUUGGAAUCGAAUCAAACCUCCCAGAGCUACUAAAGAUAAGGAUUUCUGCCAUGUGUGUAAACCACCAAUGCUUAGAACCAACGUUCCUGGAGGAUCAUGUUAUAUAUUGUUAGAUUAAACAAUCUGGUAUAUUGUUGAAAAUGUGGGAACUUUUUCAGUAAUUAGAAAAUUAAUGAACAUUUUUGAAGGAAAA